CAGUAAAUAAGGAAGAAAUCUAGAUCUCAUGUCAUCCACAUAAGAAAAAAACCCACCAAAUCUCUUCAUACAGAAAUGUGUUGGAAUAUAGCCGAUGACAUGCUGCACGUGUGUGCAGUGACCGGGGGGAAGUAGAUAACCGGGUCAUUACUCGGAUCCCUCUCACCUCCAUAAAAAAAAUACUUCUUGGACAUAGUUGACAAGUAUGCGUAACGACGCGUGCCUCUAGUGGCACCGUGGAAGGAGGGUCCGUCAGACGCACGCAGAUGCAACGGCUCUCCGCACUACCUUUCCGUCCGGCACCAACUAGAACACAUAUUUUCUUUCUUUUUUUUUUUCCUUUUCUUUUUUUUUUUUGAAAGACCGCUGUGUGACAAAGAGCCCCCGUCUCUGAGCAGAUUUUUCUGGACCCUCUUCAACGAGCCGGCAUCGCGCCAUCGCCGCGCGCAACUGGAGAGGAGCGUCGCGGAGCGGAGCGGCUGGUCCACCUUCACAAAGUGUCUGUGUGUGUGUUUGCGUGUGUGUGUGUGUGCUGUGAACAGUUCUCAGGAGCGGAUGCGAGGGGCCGGAGUGCUCGAGCUGCAGUGAGACUUUUCUGAACGUCCGAAGUGCGUCCUGCAUUCCUCCGCGCACUCGUCUUGUGACGCGUUUUUCCCCCUCUGUUUUUGUCUUUCGGGGGCGACGGGAUUCGUUUUUUUCCGAGGCGACCCCCAAAGUUCCGCAGGCGCAGUUCUCCUCCUCCACAGCGGUGCGGGAGUCAGGCUCGGCUUGUUGCCGUGGUACUUGCCAGUAGACAGAUAGCAUCGGCGGUAGGAGGGGGGAUACAGAGACUCCUGCAGGCUAAUUGUAGCAGCCUGCGAUCGCAGGUGUCAUCAACCGAUCCGCCUGUGAGGAGGACUGAGGGGCUUCAUCCCGAUCGAGCCGCUCUCAGAUUUGCGAGUAACAGAGAGAGAAGGGGGGAAACACAGAAAGAGAGAGCCGAGAGAAUGUUGCACCAAGUACAAUGAGCGCACAUUUGUCGCAGGCACCGAAAUCCAUACAUGCUCCGUCGAGUUCAGUUUUGAUGAGCAAUUCUGAGUCGUCUUUGGAAUUUUAAAAAUAACCAGAAAGUGGAUCCCGCGACUUUACAACCAUGCGAAAUACUUGGCUGUCUCCCCGGAGUGCGAUUUGGGAAUACUGGACAUGGCUGAUUGCGUGUCUCUUUUGGAUUCACUACUCUUACGGGAUGCCUCAUGUAAUUCGAAUAGGUGGGAUUUUCGAACAAAUAGAAGGACCUGUUCCGCUCACGUCAGUUGUUAGCGCUGAGGAGCUUGCCUUCAAAUUUGCUGUCAAUAACAUUAACAGAAACAGGACUUUGUUGCCAAACACAACACUAACAUAUGACAUACAGAGGAUUAAUAUCUUCGACAGCUUUGAGGCAUCAAGAAAAGCUUGUGACCAGUUGUCUUUAGGUGUGGUUGCAAUAUUUGGGCCCUCGCAUAGUUCGUCGUCAAAUGCCGUGCAGUCCAUCUGCAAUGCGUUGGAAGUGCCGCACAUCCAGGUGCGGUGGAAACAUCACCCCAUGGACAACAGGGACAGCUUUUAUGCCAAUCUGUACCCAGAUUACUCUUCACUAAGCUAUGCCAUCCUGGACCUGGUGCAGUUUCUCAAAUGGAAAACAGCCACGGUCGUAUAUGACGACAGCACAGGACUGAUAAGACUACAGGAGCUGAUCAUGGCCCCGUCCAGGUACAACAUCCGGCUAAAGAUCCGUCAGCUUCCUCUCGACUCACAGGACACGAGGCCCCUCCUCAAAGAGAUGAAGAGAGGCCGGGAGUUCCGCAUCAUUUUCGACUGCAAUCACCAUAUGGCGGCACAGAUUCUCAAACAGGCCCAGACCAUGGGGAUGAUGACAGAGUAUUACCACUAUAUCUUCACCACUCUGGACCUGAUGGCCAUUGACCUGGAGCCAUAUCGCUUCUGUGGUGUCAACAUGACCGGCUUCCGCAUCCUCAACGUGGAUAAUCCCCAGGUGGCUUCUAUUGUGGAGAAGUGGUCGAUGGAAAGGCAGGUAGCACCUAAACCUGACUCAGGCCUGCUGGAGGGCAUCAUGACGACAGAUGCAGCUCUGACCUAUGAUGCAGUCCACAUUGUGUCCGUGUCAUACCAGCACGCGCCGCAGAUGACGGUGAACUCGCUGCAGUGCCACCGCCACAAACCCUGGAGAUUCGGAGGACGCUUCAUGAGUUUCAUCAAAGAGUCCCACUGGGAUGGAUUGACGGGGAGACUGUCAUUCAACAAGACAACUGGUCUACGCACGGACUUCGACCUGGACAUCAUCAGUCUGAAGGAGGACGGACUUGAAAAGGUGGGGAAGUGGAGUGCGUCAGGAGGUCUCAACAUCACUGAAGUGCCGAAGCGAAAAGGGAUGAACAUCACCGACUCCCUGGCUAACCGCUCCCUCGUCAUCUCCACCAUCCUGGAGGAGCCAUAUGUCAUGCUUAAGAAGUCUGACAAGGCGCUGGUGGGGAACGACCGCUUUGAAGGAUUCUGCAUCGACUUGCUCAAGGAGCUGGCCAACAUCCUGGGCUUCACGUACGAGAUCCGCCUGGUGCCUGAUGGGAAAUACGGCUCCCAGGACGAGAAGGGCCAGUGGAACGGCAUGAUCAGGGAGCUCAUAGAACACAGAGCUGACUUGGCGGUGGCUCCUCUCACCAUCACCUACAUGCGUGAAAAGGUCGUUGAUUUCUCCAAGCCCUUCAUGAGCAUGGGCAUCAGCAUCCUGUACCGCAAACCCAACACCACCAACAACGGCUUCUUCUCCUUCCUGAACCCCAUGACUCCCGACAUCUGGGUCUACAUCCUCCUGGCCUACCUGGGAGUUAGCUGUGUCCUUUUUGUCAUUGCCAGGUUCAGCCCGUACGAGUGGUACGACGCCCAUCCAUGUAACCCCGGAUCAGACGUGGUGGAGAACAACUUCACCCUCCUCAACAGCUUCUGGUUCGGAGUCGGCUCCUUAAUGCAACAAGGCUCAGAGCUGAUGCCCAAAGCCCUGUCGACCAGGAUCAUCGGCGGGAUCUGGUGGUUCUUCACGCUCAUCAUCAUAUCGUCCUACACCGCUAAUUUAGCAGCUUUUCUCACCGUGGAGAGGAUGGACUCGCCCGUGGACUCAGCCGAUGACAUCGCCAAGCAGACCAAGAUUGAGUACGGCGUGGUCAAAGACGGCGCAACCAUGUCUUUCUUCAAGAAAUCGAAGGUUUCUACUUUUGAGAAGAUGUGGGCCUUUAUGAGCAGCAAGCCGAGCACGUCGCUGGUGAAGUCUAUCGAAGAUGGCAUUCAGAGAGUGCUAAAGUCGGACUAUGCCCUCAUUAUGGAGUCCACAACCAUCGAUUAUAUCACCAGGAGGAACUGUAACCUGACACAGGUGGGAGGGCUCAUCGACAGUAAGGGCUACGGCAUCGGCACUCCCCUCGGCUCCCCGUACAGGGACAAAAUCACCAUAGCAAUCCUGAGCAUCUUGGAGGAUGGGCGCCUACACAUGCUGAAGGAGAAGUGGUGGAGUGGGAGCAGCUGCUUGGAUGAAGAGCGUCGCGAGACAGGCCCCAUGGGUAUCCAGAACCUGGGUGGCAUAUUCAUUGUGCUGGCAUCUGGCCUAGUGCUGUCGGUUUUCGUGGCAAUUGCUGAAUUCAUCUACAAGCUGAGGAAGACUGCAGAACGUGAGCAGGUCUUUGUGCAGUGCCAUGGUGGACGAGAUCAGACUGUCGUUCACCUGCGAGAGGCGGGUGAAGCACAAGCCUCAGCCUCCAGUCAUGGUGAAGACGGAUGCAGUGAUCAACAUGCACGCCUACAACGACCGACGACUCCCGGGAAAGGACAACAUGAGCUGCAGCACUGGGAUGACCCCCGUGUUCCCCUGACAAUGUGCUCCCCCCAGGGCAAGAGCCUCCUGAGCAAUGUGUCGGGGGUGGUGCCAGAGACUAGAGACAAUGGCAUAGACGGAAUCACCAGAUUCACCAUUAACCACAGUGACAUGGGGACACUAACAAAACAUGGGCAACUGAAAAUGGCGGCAUCAGCCACACAGGUAUGACAACCUUCACCACUGUAUUCCAAACCACAAAAAGAAAAUCUUUGGGGGAGGUUCUGGGAAAGAAAAAAAAAAGAAAACAAACAAAAAAAAAAAAAAAACAGUCCACCCAAAUAAUCAGUUUCAAGUCUGAUGUUUACGUGCGCAACACAAAAACACAAAGAAAACACACACGCUGUUCACAAAAUCCUCAAUCAGUGAAAGGACUGAGAAUUUUAUCGGAGAAUUACGGACUGAAGCACGAAGACACGUUUUGGUGUGGGAAUGGCAAUAAAGAGUAGACACGCGAGGAGGAAAAGAAAGAGCACUUCUCAUUGGAGAUCAGUUUUCGCCACACGGUCAAAUUAUUAUAUCAAGUUCUUAACCUUUAUCCCCGUUGAUUUACACAAACUCCCGGAUGGCCUUUUGACAGCAGAAAAUAAUGUUACCUCAAACAUGUUGUCCGGGCUCGAGUGGCUGGUACACAAGCUGCAGGGUCUUUUGAAAGCACGCCUCACAGGGACACAUGAUGUCCUCUAGGAACAAGCGUUCAGUAUCUGCAGUGUUGGUGGAAACACGCGGCGGGACGCAACCGGUCCACCGUAACGUUUUUGAAGUCGUCGUGCAAGAUUCCACGGAAACACUUAACCGUCGAUGCAAAGGGGAGCCGGAAUGCGGAGAUUUCAUCCGCGGAACCAUUAGAUCAUGUUGCCAUGGGGUUAGAUUUGUACUCGUCAUGUCGAAAUUAUUGAAUUUUAGAAAAAUCAGUUAAAUUGCCAAAGAUCCGACCAUUCAGCAGAACCUUACAGAGUACAGUAUGGGCCAGCUCCCGCUCGCUUAGCCUUUCAGAGAGCACUUCUUUUUUUCGUUCAGCGCAGUGUCAGUUGGAGUUGUUUAUUAUGGGGCGAUUAAGGCAUCAGCUAUUACAGUUUCUCCAACCGUGCAGGGUAACAUAUAGCAUCCAAAGUUAAGUUGUAUUCGGCACACUCGUUGCAUUAUAUUGCCUGGUUUUUGCAGACCACCCCCCCUCAAAAUACUGUAAUCAACACUUGUUAACGUUGUACAAUUGUCGCAUAAGAACAAAAAAGCAGAUAAAUUACCUGAUGAAAUGUCUUUAUGAAAACACAGCCUUGGUCUUCUGUAAAGUUUAGAAGGAUAAUCAUGAAAAUAUUGAGCAAUUAUAUGAACCAAAUCGGAUAUAAAAAUUGUUUGUCCUCAAGUUAAAUGCACAGACUGGAAUGGAAGGCAUUGGAUCAGGUUUUUUCUGCUUUUGAAAGCAUUGUAAGUCGCAGAGAGACAAGGUAAGAGACUGUGACCUUAAAGCUAAAGUGCAUUUUUUUGAGUGCAUUUAAUUGUAUCCAUCGACCUACAUGUGUGUGGCUGCAGGACCGUCGAAUGUCCCCCCCAGCACUUCUGAACACAGUUUUGAACAGUUACUGCAUCUGUCAGAUGUGAUCUUGAGGCAUUUUGGCAGGAAACUGAUGUUCUGAAGCAUAAGCGUCAUGAAAACUAGCCAAGGGUGUUGUUCAAAAAAAACGUGCAAAGAUUACAAAGGUCAUUGAAAGUAUUUUGUAUGUUCAGUUACCUUACGUGGACCGAGUUUAAACCCUACUUGUAAUCGUGUGAACGCGCUUACAGAUAAAUGUGGUGAGUAGAAAGGAAGACAGAUGAUGAUUUUGUGUGUUCAUGUUGACUUUUACGACUAUCGCGUAAGUGUGCGUCUUCAGCAAAGUGUCACGUCGCCGGAAGAUUCGAGGAGUCUGUGAGCUGCCGUCACCCGGGGACCCGAAACGAAACAGCGAACCUCUGUGAGGUUUACGUUGUCGAUGUGAAAAAAAAAAAAAAAAAGUAAAUAUGAUUAAAGGAAACUCCGAUCUGUAAAACUUAGCGUUGGUUUGGUAGAGAUUCACUGUAUAAUUGUUUAUCGAUUUCCC